GAUGACGAAGGGUAUAUAAGGGAAGAGGAUGGCUGGCUGGAGUCGUGUUCCACACACAGCUUGCGUUGCGAUCUCCUUCUCUCAAAAUGCGUUAUUCUAUUGCUGCAGCGUCGCUGCUUUCGUCGACGGCAUUGGCUUCUCUGUAUGGCGAGAGCAAUGCCAACCAUACUUGUGCCUUGACCAACGCCGACGCCGUCUUGUCGUGCUCAAGCGCUGCCAACCCCUCGACCGUCGACUCCUGUUGCGCCGAAACGUAUGGCGGACUCUUCCUCUCGACUCAAUUCUGGUCUACCUACACUGGCCUUGAGUCAGAGGGUCAAUUGCUCCCUCCCGAUGACUGGACUCUGCACGGCUUGUGGCCGGACUUUUGUAAUGGCUCAUACACUCAGUACUGCGACCUGAACAGGCAGUACGAUCCUACGCCUUCGCCCAACACCACUAACAGCUUGCCCAAUGGUACUGUUGUCCCACCAUACACUGGACCCAACAUCGGCACCUUCCUCGAGCCCUUCAAGAAGUUCGACCUCCUGGCAUGGAUGAACAAGUACUGGAUCAACACAUUAGCGCCAAACAGUGAUUUUUGGGGCCAUGAAUUCAGCAAGCACGCCACAUGCUUCUCGACCUUCGAUGUCCCUUGCUAUGGUCCCGAGUACAAAGAACAUGAGGAGGUGGUCGACUUUUUCGAGACAGCCAUACAAUACUACCGCCGCCUUCCUACUUGGGGCUGGCUUGCACAAGCCGGCAUCAAGCCUAGCAACACCACAAUGUACUCGCUCAGUCAAUUCCAGACUGCCCUGAACAGCUCGUAUGGUGCUUUGCCCUACAUUGGCUGCAGUGGCCCUAGAUUCAACGAGACUGCUGCUGGCCGCAACUCGACCGACAAUGGCAGAACUCAAAUCUCCGAGGUUUGGUACUACUUCCAUGCUUUCGGUAAACCCCAGCGCGGUCAAUGGCUCCCCGUCUCAGCCUCUGGCUUCACUACCACUUGUGCAAAGACUGCCAACGCACUUCGCUACCCUCUCCGUGCCAACGGCUCAGUCUGGUAGACACAAAGAUGGACAUGCAUUCAAAAGAGCUAGGGAAAGUAUGAGAACAAGCACAAAAGGCUUAUUUCCAAGGC